CUGUGCCUGAGUUUGCAGUUGAGUGCGCUAGGGAUCGCGGCUCUAUUAUAUAACUUUAGAAUACUGGCGCUUUUAAUGGCGCAUAAGCAGAACAUUGUGCCAUAGAUAUGUCGAUUUCCUGCGGAUUUAUCCCGAGUUCUGUGAGCGAUCGGUCACUUUUUUUCGCCCCCUCCUGCCGGUGGUGAGCAUUAAAAAGUUAUCGAGUGAUCCGUGAAACGGCGCACACGGCGGAUCUCGCCAGCUCGAGCUGGGUCAGCGUCGGGCUGUUGAUUUUACAGUUAGAUAUAUUGCGGAGAAUGUAUUCUUGCCAUACGGGCACAGAGGCAGCAACAAAUACAGCUGAUACUUCACCACAAAACAAAACUGCAACGAAGGGGUUUUAUUCAAGCGCUUCACCUUGUGGACGUUGCGGCAUUUCUUACAUUUUUUCCAAGUUGGACUACUAAAAGAUGACCUAACCGGUGGAGUACAGGUCAGGUACUCAUACUACAGGACAAAGAAAUGGAUCAGAGUGGACUGAAGCGCAAUGGUAAUCGAGACGACGGCCUGACAUUUGCGGAGAUAGGAGGUACUGGUGACACACCUGGUUCACUGUUCCAGACUGCAAUGCAUCUGCCUGGGUCUCUGCCCCCUGCCACAGUGGCCCCCAAUAGACAGGGUGGAACCAAUGGCCAGGGGGAGCUUGGAGGCUUGUUUGAGUCUCAUCAGCACCAUGUUCUGGGUGAGGGGACAGACAUGAAGGAGGGUAAAAUGAUUCGAAUGCAGAAACAACAACAACAGCAGCAACAGGAUAUUGGUAUAUUCGGCAUGGGGGACAGCUUGCCAUUGUUUAACCAGUGUAUUUCCGAUACACCCACAUCUGUCAUCAACACCUCAGACACUUCCGUCCUAGGCAACCUUCCUCUGCCUGACCUUUUUUCCCACCCCAUAAAGACGGAAAGCAUUCUUUCUCUGGACAAAGACUUGGGAACUUAUAGUGGGCACACAGGCACUGGUCCAUGCGAUUUGGAUGGCAACAGUGGCCGCCUGAUUGAGGAUACAGAGAUUUGGCAAGAUCUGGACCUUCCCAGCUCACUGCCAGAAAUCAGUGCUUUUGAGUUGGAUUCAGAAGUGGCACACUUGGAUAACAUUCUACAAGAGAGCACCGGUGGUGGCUGUCCUGUCAGUGGCUUGCCAAAGGAAAUAAAGCCUCUCAUGGGUAACGGAGAAAACUGUACCAGUGUUAAUGGCACAGAGCAGCAACACCAUGCCCUACACCCCCAUCAACAACAACAGCAGCAGCACCACCAACUAAUACAUCACCAGCAACAUCAGCCCCAGCAUCACCAGCCUCAGGCCCUUCUCUCCACUGUCAUCAUCAAGGAAGAGAAGGAUCCUGAUGAGUCUUUCCUCCAAAUCUGUACCCCUGGUGUGAUAAAACAGGAGAAGCAGGAUAAUGGUUUCUGCCAGCCUCAAUGUCUCCAGAGCGGCAUCAGCUCUCUCCAUGGAGGAGGACCACGCCCCAUGUCCUCACCUGUGAGUGUCAGCGCAGUGCCCGGCUACCACUACAGAGCCAACCCGAGCUCAACAAUGGACAUACAAGACCAGAAGCCUUUUGACAUGUACUCAAACAUGCCUCUGAUGGGGGAUGACUGGGCCCGGGGGAAAAGGUAUGGAGAGACAUCUGGGAUUCAGAGCAGCGAUGAUGGGCUCACUCCUGUCGCGUCCUUGGCACCUUUUUCUGUUGGCUUCUCUGGUUCAUCACCCAGAGAAGGAGAGAUCAGCAGCUCUGUGGUACCUGCCCAAUCCAAGACCAGCGGGCAGACUCAUAAGAUCUGUUUGGUGUGCUCAGAUGAGGCCUCUGGAUGCCAUUACGGGGUUGUAACAUGUGGCAGCUGCAAGGUUUUCUUCAAGAGAGCCGUUGAAGGAUGGAGAGCACGACAAAACACAGAUGGCCAGCACAACUACCUGUGUGCAGGGAGAAAUGACUGCAUCAUUGAUAAGAUCCGCAGGAAGAACUGUCCAGCCUGCCGCUUCAGAAAAUGUCUUCAAGCUGGAAUGAACUUGGAAGUUGUGAGGACGAGCUUCCGGAGAGUCCAGUCUGACAUCUGCAGAAGAACUGCAGCAAGGAAAAACAAAAAGCUGAUCAAGAUGAAAGUGCACCGGGCUGGGGCAUCAGAGCCCACCAUUAGCAACAUGCCUGUUCCAGUCGUACCCAGGAGCAUGCCCCAACUCGUGCCGACCAUGCUGUCCAUACUGAAGGCCAUAGAACCAGAGAUCAUCUACUCGGGCUAUGACAGCACACUGCCAGAUACUUCAUCACGGCUCAUGUCUACUCUCAACAGGCUAGGGGGACAGCAGGUUGUCUCUGCAGUCAAGUGGGCCAAGUCACUACCAGGCUUCCGCAAUCUGCACCUUGAUGACCAGAUGACUCUGCUGCAGUGCUCCUGGCUCUUUCUCAUGUCUUUCAGUCUUGGCUGGAGGUCAUACGAGCAGUGUAAUGGCAGCAUGCUUUGUUUCGCCCCUGAUCUUGUCAUCAACAAAGAUCGCAUGAAGCUGCCCUUCAUGACUGACCAGUGCGAGCAGAUGCUGAAGAUCUGUAAUGAGUUUGUCAGACUGCAGGUGUCCUAUGAAGAGUACCUGUGCAUGAAGGUGCUGUUACUGCUCAGUACAGUACCAAAAGAUGGCCUGAAGAGUCAAGCAGUUUUUGAUGAGAUCAGGAUGACCUAUAUCAAGGAGCUGGGAAAAGCCAUCGUCAAGAGAGAGGAGAACCCUAGUCAGAACUGGCAACGCUUCUACCAGCUAACUAAGCUUCUUGACUCCAUGCAGGAGAUGGUCGAGGGUCUUCUCCAGAUCUGUUUCUACACCUUUGUGAAUAAAACCCUGAGUGUGGAAUUUCCGGAGAUGCUGGCAGAGAUCAUUUCCAACCAGAUACCAAAAUUCAAAGAUGGAAACGUCAAAGCUCUGCUGUUUCAUCAGAAAUGACUGCCUUAAAUUGUGAAUCAAUGCCUUAAAUCCUGCCCUGCACAUUUACCUCUCCAGGGGCCCCUAGCUUGCAUAUCCUGCCUCCCUCAUCGCUCUGAUUCAGUUUCUCAGUUUUUCCUGGGCCUUCUAGAAAUUCUGCCACGCCCCUUCGGGGCUCAGUCAUUCAGCCUAAUCUUGGAGCACAAUACCUGUGGCCUCAAGCCCCCAUCCCAGUCCUAGUCCUGCCAUAGUAUCUUAUCACCGACCUAUAGCCCUUCCUCUUAGUUGGACUCUGAAUAUCUCUUGGGGUGGAUGCAUUUUGGGCAAUUUUUUUUUUCAGUCCUCCCUCACCUACUCUACACCCGUAGCCCUGUGCUUGUAUUUUUAAUGCUUUCUUACAAUGGCUAUGUGCCUCAUAUUAAUUCAAGCCUCUAGUAUUUUACUGCAGUUUUCACAGAGAAGCUAACAUAUACAGUACAAACAUCUUUUCCUCCAAGAACAUUACACCUGGUAUACUUUGCAACUUGAAAGGAUUAGGAUUAGCAGUUCAAGCCUAGUGUUCCUCCCGCUGUGAAUUACUUAUAACUUCAGAAAUUAUUCAAAUCACAAUUCGACACAAGACCACUGAGAAAAGAAAUCAGCUAGAGACAUGUUCUCUAUUUAUUUUAUGCAGGCACACAAUUCAAGUCACAUACAGAAGCAAGACACACACACGCACACACUCACUCAGCCAAAUGUUUACACAGGAUGUACCUGAGGGAAAAACCAGUGCCUUUUAGUUUUUACGCUCUUCAUAGCCAUCCACUAUAAGCUGUAGGUUUUUUUGCAUUAGAAGUUGAUGUCGACAUCUUUCCACAUGAUUUGUCCGUUUCUCUAUUUCCGCGUUGUAAUUUCUGUUUUCUAUUUCCAAGCUGCCAUUUCAGUGUUUUUAAUGUGGAAAACUCUCCCUUUUGUUCUUAUCUCCUGUUCUCCAUGUAGGAACACAGCCUAUGGUACAGAAAAGUAAUGUUAAAUGUUCAGUUUUAUCACUUUGCAAAAAAAAAAAAAGUCCCAAAACAAAUUUUUUUGGUCUUUUAUUAUCCAUGUGAAGUAUAUUAGAUAAAUUUGCUGCCUCUCCCAGUUAGCAUUAAAUUCUGUUAAAAGUUUACCCAGCAUAUACAAUGAAUGCACCUACAAAUAGCUUUUUUUCUCGCUUAAGAAUUCAGCCUGCUUUUAUCUAAAUGGGUACUGCUAAAAUUCAAAUUAAAGACACAUUUAAUGUUUUGUACUACUUGGGAGCAGACUGACUUAAAUUUUAGGAUUUCUAUCUUUAAAAAGUUUUUUUAAUGCUUUAAUUGCAUUUGGAAAAUGCAAUUUGGUGUUUUAUAACCAAAAUGCAUUUGAAAAAGCCAUCCGAAGUAUCGAAGGGCCUGCUGUCUGUUUGAAAAGUGACAUAAUGAGUCAAUUAAAUCUGGCUUGAAGUUAAACCGUCCUUUAUGUUUCCAGCUGCAUUCAGACUGAGGUUGGUAGUUUAGUAAAUGCACUAUAUGGACAAAAGUACUGGGCCGCAUACACAUUACACCUACUGUACAGGAGCUUUUCAGCCGUGGAAACCCAUGCCAUGAAGCUCCUGGUUCACAGCUUUUGUGCUGAUGUUAAUACCAGAGGUGGGUUGGGAACUCUGCAGUUAUUGAGUCAGCAGAGCGACUUUUACAUGCUACAGUGCUCCGUGAUCCCGCUCUGUAACUUAACGUGGUAAAUCACUUAAUGGUUGAGUUACUUUGGUUCUUAAACACAUCCACUCUGCAAUAAAGCCACUUACGGUUGAUGAUGGAAUAUCAAGGAGGGAAGAAAUUUCAUGUCACGUUGCAACAGUCACUUGCAGCUAUUAUAACACCACCCUCAUUCCUUUCACAAAAGUUUGUAAAAGCAUUUGGUGCUUGAUUUUGUGUGCCUAAGGUAAUGGGACUGAAAAUACCUUUUGUCCAUAUAAUGCAGCUUUAACCAAAUAUAAUUGAGGUAGGAGUGACUUGCUAGUUCGUAUUGCUUGUCUGCUCUUCAAAAAUUUGUGUGAGGUCAUAAAACAAUAGAAAAAACGUCAAUAUGUCAGACCCCAAAAGGUACUACCGUUAGGAUUGUUGUCAUUUUUUCAUUUUUCAAAGUAAAAGGUUUAACUGACUCAAAAGCAGCAACAUAGCACUUAUGAUAGGAAAUUAAGGCAUAACAUUGAUGGUUUCCUUCAAGAUACCAUUUUGAUUUAAUAUUUCCCUUUAAUUACAAUUAUCUGAAUGUACUUGCAAAAUCAGGACUUAGGACUUGGAGCUGCUGUGCCAACAUUGUGAAAAUACAAAAAAUAUAUUUGUUUAAAAUAAAAUAUUUAUUUUGUAUACUGGACGUGAAAAUGGAUACCCAUAAUUGAUGAAACCUAUGUUUUAAAAACAUUUCCCCUCUAAAGCUCAAAACGUUGGUCUAUUGAUUUGUGAAUCCAACCUCAGGAAGUGAGUGAUUACUUCACAUGGAUGUGCUCUACUUGUUCCUAAUGUAAUGGAAAUACCCGUUUUGUUUUGGGUUUUUUCUUUUCUGGAGAUGUGAAAGAGUACUUCUGAUCCGACAUUAAGUGGUUGUUGUAACUUUGCUUCAGGGUGCUCAUUUAUUUACAAAAAAAAAAAAAAGGAUUGUUCAGUGUCACACCUACACCAGCUUAAAGUACUGAUUGUUAUCAUUUAGCCCAUUGUACGAUAAACCUUUUUGUGAUCAACAAAAAAAAUUGUAUUUUUGAAUUUUCAAAAUACAUUUGUAAUGUGAAAAUCCAUACCAGCUUGUGUGAUGGCCAAAGCAAAAUGCAGUGCAGUUGUAUGCUGGCUUCUGCUGGAAGUGUUAAAACAAAAUGCCCUUCACCACCUCCUGUAGAGUACAGUUACUUUCCUCCGUAUGUGUCUUAUGACUGUCAGGCCUCUCUGCCUAAAUUUCAACUGUACAGAUUUUCAGCUGUUUACUCUGAACAGUACUCACCCCUCUGCUGCACAUAACUCUGAAUGCCAAUUAGCAGAGACCAGGUAAGCAGGUUGCCAUAGAGACUGGUCAUUUGUAUGUUAGUUACGGCUAACAGCACAGUGGGCACUGGAAGCAUACAAGCCACUGCUGAAUAAGAGCCAUCUUUUUUUUCUUCUUUUUUUUUUUUUCUUUUAGGGGUGGUCACUCGCUUCAGGGUUGUUUCAUUGACAGUGCAGGCUUUCAGCUCCACCUUCUAACUGUGCUGUGUGUCCUUGUGCUGUAAAAAACAUGAGCUUGUUGCUGCUCGCAUCACUGUGUGUUGAUUAUUCUAGAGAAAAUCUGACUAAACUAUUUGUUUGGAUAACUUGGAGAUGGUAUUACAGUUGUUCCAAGGUGGUGGUGCUUCAGAAAACCAGCUUUAACAUGUAGAUGUAACCAUAUCGAUGCUUAUUUCUGAAUGGCUAUAGGCGCAUAUAGCAAUGCUGGCAUAUCUAGUGCAAUGUAAACAUCAUCUAAGACUACAAACCAUUUUUGCAUUUCACCUUCAUGCUCGAUUAAAGGCCUUGCGAAAGGGAGCCAGAGAGCCAUAGAAAUAAGAUUUCACAUCAGGAAAUAGAUAAACCCUUAACAUAUAUCGAUGCUUUUAGAGAUUGAUCUAUUGUAAAAAUGAUAUUUUCUGUGAUUUUGAUUACAUCGGCUUGAUCCUCUUUGAUAUGACUAAUUUUGCCCAGUCGUUUUUGUACAUUGAAUGAGUCAAGAAAGUAAAUAUUUUUCUGUUUGUUGGUUUGUGUUUGAUAAAGAUAGAUGUGUUAAAUCCAUAAGGAAGUGUUGAACAUGUUUGUCUUGUGAAGUAAAUGUAAAUUCUACGAGUCCAUGAAAAAGUCUACAUGAAAGCUCACUGUGUUUUUGAAGAUAAGGAAAUGAGGGAGAGGGACAGAGAAAGACUGGUGGAGAUUUAUAUAAGAGUGACCAAAGCAGAGGAGAAAACAAAAAUUAACAAAAGAAGUAUUCAAGUUACAUUUUGAGUAGCACUUACUAUCCAACUUCUAGUACUUCUUGUUUUAUUUUAAAGAUGUCUUUUGUAAAGGUCGUGGCUUUGGACCCCAUGUAUUGUUCUGUGAGGAUUUACUGGUCACUUUAAAAAGAAAAUUUAAAAUGUUGACUCUCCAUAUGAAAGUAAAAUUUACCAGAGCCUGACAGAAUUGCACUACCCUGAUAUUGUUUGAUAUAAUCUAUUUUGUAUAAAAUACAUGCAAAUGUUAUCUUUAAAGAUUAAGGGCAGAUCAUGUUUCACUGGUAUAUAUGGCUAUAGCUUUCACUAAAGUCUGUUUUCUUCGUAUUUCAGUUAUGUAAAUGUAAUCCAAUGUUUAAAAAAAAUACAAACCAUUAAAAAAACAGUAGUUUGUAUUACUUCUGUAUUACACUUCCUGUAGUCUGUGUCAAUAGUUUCACCUAUUUGAUUAAAUGUUGAAUUAA